UCUGAUCGGUACACUAAUGGAGGAAUGUGAAACGUUAAUUCAAUAAGCUUGCGUUGUGCUCUGCGUUGCUUCUUUGUAGUUUUUACUUUUGCUAUGUUUUAUUCAUCGAAAUGCUACAGAAAAAAUAAGUUAUUUAUCUCUUCGAAACUAACGUAACAAUGAUGUUACCGAGCCAUGAACAUCCGGGAUAUCUAAUUUCCUCAUCAAUGUCGAGUCGGUAAAAUGGCGGUGCAGUGUGACGGGGGAGGCAAAGAUGAACUAAAGACUCAGUUUAUGACUCGAGAAGGAGUGUAUAAAUUAAUGACUUUAUCUGAGUACUCUAGACCUAAUAGAGUAGGCUUCAAUGCGCAAGCCAAUACACCUGUGAAAGUCUCCUUCGUAACUAUGCCUGAUCCAUCCGGCAACGGAGAUCGUAUUUGUUUCAAUGUAGGCCGAGAGCUUUAUGUUUACAUGUAUAAAGGUGUGAAAAAGGCAGCUGAUUUAACUAAACCUGUUGACAAACGUGUGUACAAGGGAACCUAUCCAACCUGCCAUGAUUUUAAUCAAUGCACGGUCACAAGUGAAGGAGUAUCACUUUUGGUUGGUUUUUCUGCUGGUCAGAUUCAAUUAAUAGAUCCUAUCAAGAAAGAACUUAGUAAAUUAUAUAAUGAAGAGAGACUGAUUGACAAAACAAAAGUGACUUGUUUGAAGUGGGUGCCUGGCUCUCAGAAUCUGUUUCUUGUAUCUCACAGUAGUGGACAGAUGUAUGUUUAUAAAGAAGACUUGCCAUGUGGUAAUACACCACCACAUUACCAAUUAUUUAAACAAGGUGAAGGUUUUGCAGUAUAUACUUGCAAAACGAAAAGUACGAGAAAUCCUCUUUAUAGGUGGGUGAUAGGUUAUGGUGCUUUAAAUGAGUUUUCAUUCUCACCCUGUUCAAAAUAUCUUGCUACAGUCAGUCAAGAUGGAUUUUUAAGGAUUUUUAAUUAUGAUACUAUGGAUCUAGUAGGUAUAGUAAGAAGCUUUUUUGGUGGAUUACUGUGCGUAUGUUGGAGUCCAGAUGGAAAAUAUGUAGUAACUGGAGGAGAAGAUGAUCUGGUAACUGUAUGGUCUUUUCAAGAAAAAAGAGUUGUGGCUCGAGGCCAUGGCCAUAAAUCUUGGGUUAGUGUAGUUGCAUUUGAUGCAUUUACCUAUACUGACUCAGAUGGUCUUGAUUUAUGUGACAGUGAAGAAGAAGUUAGUCCAUUGCCUAAUGAUGAUGCAAGUGAGUCUUCAAAAACUGUAGCAUCAGGAAGCAAAACUGAUUCAGGCACUUUAGUUCCAAACUCUGUAUGUGCAAGAAAUUCUUUAUCUGGUAGUAGGUCUUUAAACAUUACCUCCUAUAGGUUUGGCUCUGUAGGGCAAGAUACACAAUUGUGUCUUUGGGAUUUGACUGAGGAUGUUCUAAAACAACCUAUAGGAAGGACAAGGACUAGUAUGUUGCUCAAUAGUCCAAGUACGCAUCUUCCAACUCUAAGUAAAUGUAAUAGUGUUGGGAAUGCGCAAGCUAAUUGUUGUCCAAAAGAAGCAUCCUUAAUGGAUGGAAACCUUGGUUUACCAAGUCUCAGUAUAGGAAGUAAAAGUGCAACAUUAGAAAAAGAGAAAAAGCCGGAUAAAGAACAUAAACGAAAUUUCAGCCUUGCUUCAAGGAAUGCUGAUAAAAAUAGCCUUAAUAAGUCCAACCAAAGCAAAGUGUUGGAUGACCCUGUGAAAUUAAUUGGGACUCCAAUCUGUCCUCGGAGAGAUGAAGUCUCCAUGCUUGAACCUCUUAUAUGCAAGAAAAUAGCACAUGAAAGGUUAACUGCAUUGGUGUUCAGGGAGGACUGCUUUGUAAUAGCCUGCCAGGAAGGUUUUGUCUGUACGUGGGCAAGGCCUGGUAAAGGUAUACUUGCUCAACAUGUGGGUAGCCCAAGUUCCAGUAAUCCAAGUGGAGGGACAGUUGUUUAACAUUAGAGAAAGUAUAAUUUGCCAUAUUUGUCUUGGCAAACUGUGACAUACCUGAAUGUUUCCUAUGCAGCUGUUGUGUUAUUUGCAUUUGUGCUGCUUGUCUUGCUAGUCCUCAGUGAAACUUAAGUAAAGCAUAAUCAAAAUAAUUUUUAACUUACAUCCUCUUUUGAGGUAUGAAAUAUCUAUGCAAAUAUUAAUCAUUUUCACAUUUCAGCUGUAACACUAAAAUGAGCCUGUUGAAGAAAUCAAGUUCCUGCUAGGAAUUCAAGUGGAAUCGUAUCAAAUUUAUGGCUAAUAUUAUGAUUUUUUUGUGUGUGUGUGUUUAAACUGUAAUUAUGUAUUUUUUUCUCCUUUUUUGUAUUAGAGAGCACUAACAAGAAAUCCUUUCUUUAUAAAUAGGCUUAACAAAAAUUUUUAAGAUAAAUUUAAAAACUGAUCAUCUCCACUAUUCUCCAUUCAUUCAGUUUGAAAAUUUGUAGUAUUUAAAUUCUUAAAUUUAUGUAGUGACAAAGAUACAGUUUGAAAAUAGUUUGAAGCAAUAUUAUCAAUAGUUUGGUGGCAAUUCCUGGAUGUUUUAGAGGAUUUAUUUCCAUAAAUUGCAUUUUUAUGUUGUAUAUGCAUUUUGUACUUGUUAUAACCAUUUCGUAGGUUCUUUCUACAAAAACUGUAAUGCGUAAUUAUUCUGCAAAUGUGUAAAUUUUGAUUUUAAGAAUACAAUGUUGCUAUUAAGAUAUAAAAAAAAGUCAGUUAAUGUUAAAAGUCUACAAAUAAAAUUUUCUAAAUCUUUCCUCCUCAAUGCCAGAAGAAACAUACAGUGUAAAUAAUUACAGUUCCAUUCUUUUGUUCAUUGUAUUUAAUAACAUGUAAUAAUUUUACUUUCCUGCUCUCAUUCUGUAUAAUUUGAAGGAAUUGCUACCCUGCUGUCAAAAACUUGAGUACCAUCCAUUUUUAUGAAAUUUCUGUCAGACCAUUUUAAUGUGAUGGUAAGAAAGUGAAGACUUAUUAAAAUUUUAAUGACACAAAUUUUAUUUUUUAUGAUUUUGUUUCUUGAUUCUGCUAAAAAUUGUGAAAGUUGCUAAUUUUUUCAAUGGUGCUUUCUAAUGUAUAUCUGAUGAUCAUGUACUCUUCUUACUGAACUCUUUUAAGUUUCAAAUUGCUAAUGGAAAUGAUCUAGUCACCAAGGGGAAGAGGUGGAAUGUGAUCUUGUAAAGAAAAUUUACUUGAACUAUAAUUCACCUUUAAAAUAGUUCAGUCAAGUCAUUUUAUGUUUUGUUAUUGAUUUCUUUUUGUGCGUUGUUUUAAUGUUCUCUUGUGUAAAAGAGUUUUAUAGACAGUUAAAAAAAUUUUUGUGUGUGCAUGUUUUAUAUAAAUUACUAUUCAUGUUUAUUCAUCAUUGUUGUAUUUAUGAUAGUACUAAAAUUGUCUUUUUAUAUAUUUAUUUUUAAAUUAAGUAAUAUGCUGUAUUUUCUCUAUUUGUCAGGAAGCUGUCAUAGAAUGCUUUUGAAUAAGCAGUAUUGCUUUUUGAUCACUUUUUAAAGAAUAACCACAUUGUUGUAAUCUUUAUGUUACUUUGAAUUUUUUUUUUUCAUAAUAUUUGUUUAAAAUCUUUGUGCAUGGUUUUGUUUUUUAGGCUGUGAUAAUGCAAUAAAAAUUAUUAUGAAUUAUAAAAACAGCAGUAUAUGUAAACUUCAGGAUGGUAGUAAUAAUGCGAGUUCUCCCCCUCCCCCCCUUUUUUUUUCUUCUCAAUUUUAGUCAUGGAAGGGCAAACGUAAUACCUUUGCAUUCUUUUAUAUUUAGGUUUUGAUUUUACAUCAUUGAUAUAGAUUCCAUCUUUUGAAGACAAAUCUGUCCUAAAUAUCUUUUUGUAACAUAGGUUAUUUUAAUCAUUAUAAUUCUGAUUGAAAUUGUAACUUAACUAUAUUUUAAGAAAACAGAUGAUUUAAACAUGUACAAUUAAAAAUAAAUUUAUUAAAAUGAUGAAACCACACAUUUGUCUGUAGAUAUAUUAGAUCAUAGAUUAUUGAAGAUUUUUGUACCAUUCUGGAUAAUAUGUUUCUGGGAUUUGGAAACUAAAGUGCUUUAGCACAUAAAUGACAUAUAUUCUCAUGCAUACAUUGUUGGUACUACAUAUAAGCUAAAUUAACUACACUUUCAAGCCUCUGAACUUUUUGAAAUUUGAGAUGUAGAACUUAUUUGAUCCUGUAGUUAAUAUAGUUUUCGCUGCUCUGUAAUUUGUAACCAACUCUGUAUGUAUGAAAUACACUGCUUAUACUUUUAAAACUGUGAUUUGUGCAUUCCUUCCCAAGUAAAAUUUUGUUGGUAAAUGAAAGUUUUAUUAUUCUUUUUUUAUUUGUAUCUGAUAUGUAUUGCAGGUAAUCAAUUUCUGAUAUCAUUUACUGUUAAGUUUCAUUUUUUGUUGCUUUCCCUAAAUUGUCCAUUUAGUGGUCAGUUUCACUAACAUUUUGUUAGAUUUUUAAUUUAUUUGACAUUUGAUUGUAUUAUGUGCAGGGUGUUCAUUGUAAAAGAGAAUUUUUUUUUUCAUGUCCAUUAGUGUGAUAAUAACUAGUUGUGAGCGGAGAUGGAAUUGUCAUCCAAGAUGUCCUUAUCAUUUGAUUGUAAUUUUGAAUUAUGGAGUCUAUCUUUAGUAAUCUUCAUGCAACUUUAAAAUAUGUUAAUCUAUCAACUCAAAUCUAUCCAUUUAUAUCAACUUCUACUUUGAAUAGCCUAUUAAUCAUAUUUCAAGGAUAGCAUUUAAUUUUCUUUAAUAUUUUUUUUAUUUAUCUUAAAAUAAAUUUUUUGUUCCGAUAUUUUAAAAAAAUGUUUGUUUAUGUCAGCAAUUUCUGUCUAGGAAGAAUUGAUUCAUAGUUACACAACUUUUUUGUGGGUGUAUGAUAUUGCAGAAAAAUUAUUAACUUAUAGAUAAUAUGUUUAGAAUACCUUUUAAUCCUUGAAGGGUUUUUUUUAAUGCUAAAAUUUACUGAAUAUUAACUUUUUGUGCAGAUCUGCUUAAUGAGCACAAAUUUUUUAGCUGUUAUAUAUCUUUAAGAUUGAAUGCCUUGUCACAUAGUUGACUAACCAACUCUCUAGUGUCUUUCGUUUCAUUAGUUAUAUAUAGGAAGGAGAUAACUAAAGUUCUGAAAUAAGAUUUUAAAAAAUUUCCUCUGGAAAGUACUGAAAAUUAUUUUCAUACAAAAUUUGGAAUUUGCAAAUGAUCUCCUAAUAAUAUGAAUAAUUUGGAUCUAUGUAUUUAUUUAAUAACAUUUAGCUUUCGUUAUGCUAAAGUGGUAAAAAUUAACUUAUCCAUCUCUCCAUUUGUAAGCACUGAAAAGUGAGGGUAAUAUGCAUUCUUAAUACUUGAUAUGACAAUGAUAUUUUAUAUGGAGUUGCUUAUCUUUUGAUUUUCACAAUUUCUAAAUAGAUACAAUUAAAAAAUGCUAAAUGAGUUUUUAAUAAACAAAUAAUUGCAAAAUGAAUUUAACAUUUUCAUAUGUUAUCUAUUAAAGUAUGUCAUGAACAGACUGUAUAUUUUGAAGAUUAUUUCCUCAGUAAUAUUUCCCAAAACAAGACUUCAGGGAUAUUAGCAUUCAAUAAAUUAAAUAUAAGUUUGCUGUUUGUUUUUAAAAACUGAUAAAAAUGAAUUGCUCUUUUUUUAAAUUUUUUAUUAUAUGACAUGCUUAAUGCAAAGUCUUAAUAUCUAGGUAAACAUUUAUUAUUUUCUGCUGUGAAAAGCAAUAUCAGUUUUGUUGCAUGAGAUUAAAAGAAAUGCAUAAAAAAACAUAGUCCAGUAAUUAUGAUGAGAUUGAUUUGAUUGUUUCUUCAGUGAACAGAAAAUAUUAGAAUAAAAUUUCUAUUUUGAACAGCUUUAUUUUUUAAAUUUGCAUAAGUAUUCUUGUAUUAAAGUUGCUGAAUCUAAACAACUUGCCAACUAAUGAUUGAUUGAAUUUGUGAUUUCUCAACCUUCCUUAUAUAUCUGCUGUUAGUGUGUUGUAUUUUAUUUGUUGGUUUUUAGGGGCCUUAAAAAUGUUUUCUACAUUUUAAAUAAAAUAUAAGUAUCUUUAAUGUGUUUGUGUCUGUAGACUGAAAGCCUAAUGUAGCAUGAUCAAAAAUAUGUAUUUUUCUUAUAUAUGUAUAGUGUUGUGGUCUGUUCUAUAAUGUUUUUUAAAAGACACUUCUACAUUUAGGUAUGUAUUGAAGUUUUUCGGGGGGAAAGUAAACUAUUAUUUAUGUAGAUCAUCAGUCUAAAAGUGCUGUUUUGAAAAAGAAAAAAUUAAGUAUUGAUUUUCUUAAAUUUUGAAGUGCAUUGAGAAUUUUAAAUAUAUAAUUUGAAAAAUAUUUAUGAAUUACAGUAUUGAACUUAAAUCUUCUGAUUAGCCAUUGAAUAGUUUGAUUUCUCUGAAGACUUAUUUGCAAAAUCAAGUUUGUAUCUCAACCUUUGCACAUUAGUAAGGCAUUUUCAAGAAAAGAUAUAUAUAUUUUUAGAAAAUUUUAUUUACUUGCAGUACUCGCUAUUUUCUAUUCUUUCGUGACAAAUAUAUAAAACUUCCUUCAGGUUAUCAGAGAUAUUUUUAUUUUACUGAAGUUGGUAUGCUAACUUUCUCUCUGAUUAUGGAUUUCUUUUUAUUUUUGCAUUUUCUUUAUCCUGCUGUCGUUUUUCUCUCCUUUUAGAUAAUUCUACUUAUUUUUAACUCUUGAUCAGUGAAUAAAAUUAUUCAGGUUUUGAAAAAACAUGCUUUUAUGUCUUCUUUUUCCUGUCAUACAAAUCCAUAGGUAACCAUAUGGAAAAGAAAAUUCGGUCUGUUUAUAUGUGCCUGAAAAUGAACAUUUUUGCCCCCCCCCCUUGUUAUUUUUUAAAAAGAGAAUGAAAAAAAUCUUAAGUGUUUCAGAAGCUCUAGCCUAUAUACAUGUUUGCUUAUAAAAAUUUAAUUGAAAGUGUGUUCAUUUAUAUAAGGAAGACUGGUUUAAAAAUAUACUGAAUUGUACCAGUAAACUUUUAUAGUAAAAUUGUUAUUUCAAAGUUUUUGGGAUUCAACAAAUCAAAUAUAUAAAUAAUAAGUGCAUUAAUGAAUUGUAUUAUUUAUUCAUCAGUCACAAGAUUGUCUUUGUUUAAAUUCAAAUAUACAUUUGAAUUAUGUAAAUGAAUUGUUACUUGUUGUUAUAUUAGAACUAUUCUUGUUAUUCUAUAUUAAUAAAAGAAUGUUUAUUUUCACCUGAAUUGAUACUUCAGGAAAAUAAUUGUUGUUGAAAAUAACAGACCGUCUGUUUUGUCAUAACUGAUUUUCCUGUUUUGCAGAUAUGUUACUUUUUUGCAAAAGGGGAAUGAAAUUUUGAAUAAACAAAUUAAUGAAUGCCACAUAGGUAGCCAUUAUUUCUUUGGUUUAACUUUUAAUUGGAAAACUUGUAAGAAAAUAAAUACACAGAAACCUGAUAUUGUUAAAUGUUACUAUCGUAAGGACAAUAAUGGUUGUUUUGGUGCAUUUUAAAUUUUAAGAUUAGUUGAACAAAGCCAAUUUUGGCUGUGUUAGUUUGUUACUAGUUAUAUUGUACACUGUCUCUCUGUAACAGAGAAAUUGUGUAAAACAUGACAUAAAUAACUAGGAUCUUAAAUGUGCUCCUAAUUUAAUUAUUUAUUAAACACCGGAAGCUACUGUAAAAUUACAGUUGCUUCAAGUAUGCCUUGUGAAUAUAUAUGCACAUCUGCAUUUAAAAUGUACAGCAAUAACUACUUUCAUGCAAGAUUCAUUUUGAGAGAAAUUUUAUUUCUAAGGAACCUCACUGAUUUUCAAAAUGAAGAUAGUAUGAUAGCUGUUGACAUUUUUUUAAAUUCAACUCUUAAGUAUAAACUACUUGCUCAUUGAAUUGUAUGAUUCACUACUAAACUACAACAGCACUGCAGCUUGCUUUUAAUCUGGAGUUUUCUGAAGCAUUUUCAUAUGUUUACUUGUAUGAAAAUUCCUUUUUCUUCUGCUCUGAAAUGUGCUGUAACUUAAGAUGCAAAAGUAUGCUUAAAGGGGGGGGGGGAAUGAUAGUCAGGAUGAAAAUUUAGAGGAAGUUGAAAUACUCCCUCCUUUCCAGUUUCUUCACAUGAAGCUGGUUACAUGGAGUGGAAAUCUCUUACCCCCCUCCCCCUACUCCAAAGUUAAUGUGGUAAUAAGUUAUGAAAGUUUUGGAAUUAAAUUUUAACAUUGACAUAUUUUCUAUUCAUAAGUAUCAUGUAUAAUAGCCAAGAAAUUUGUCCAUGCCUUUUCACUUUGUCUUGACUAUUGCUAACUUAAGUACGAAUAACCUUGUUUAUAUAUAUCUUUUUUUGUUGCAAGAAGAAAAAUCUUUCAUAAAAUGAAAUAACUACAUUUGUUUAAAAUUAUAUAGAUUUGAUUUUUGUUAUUUAUAAUUAGAAAAUGCAUCUAUGAUUUUGAAUAUAUAUUACGAAAUAUCAUGAUUUAUUAAAUUGAAUGUUUUAGUUCUUAAUUAUAGUAUCAGUAAAACACAUUUGUGAAAUUAUAUAAUAAAUACUAAAGAAGUUUAAAUGAAAAUAUUGCAGGAAGGACAAUUUUUGCAUGAAAGUAUAGAAAUAUUUAAAUGACAACGAAUAUUGUCAAUUUUUUUAAAGGAUUUAAGCAUUCAAUAUUAUGGCUAUAUUCAUUUGUUUUCAUUGAGAUAAGGAUUUGUCUUUAAAAAAAUCAGCCUUAUAUAGUUUAUAUGUGUUGUAUUUGUAAAAAUAUGAGGAUGGUAGAAUUUGACAAUCUUGGAAAAUACAGAAAUUUGUGGAGUUUUGCUUUUUUGAUCUGAUUAUUUUGCUAUAUAAAAUACUGUUUUUGAUUUAAUUUUAUUUUUGCAUUUAAGUGUCCUUUUUAUUUAGUAAAGAUACAUUUUUAUUCAAUCGAUUUUUUUUUUCAGUGUUCUAUGAUUUAAUGAACUGUAAGAUUGGAAUUACAUUUUUACUCAUAAACUCUGUUAAGAAAUUUCGCAGAUAUUUUUCUUCAUUUCCCUAGCAAUGUGCAGAAUGAAUUUUUAUUUUUAAUUAAGGCUUGAAUUUUCUUCAUUAAUUACUUAAUUUGUUUAUUUUAUCAAUUUGUAGUUAAUUGUUAAAAAUUUGCUUGCACAUUUAUCCAUUUAAUUCUUUUACGUAUCUUAUCAGUAGUUUGCUUGUUCAGCUGAUUCAUGAAUAUAAUUUUUAAACGUUUUAAUCCUAUCUAAUUUCAACUGUUUUGUGCCUUAUAUGAAAAUUAAAGUAUCUUGAAUUUUUCUGUUAUGUUUUGAUUUAUAUAUAAUGUCCUCUAUUUGAAACAGAAAAAAAAAAAAUUAAGUUAUAAGUUUUUUAAUUCCUCAUUCUUUAGAAUUCAUAGUUUAAAAUAGUCUUUAAAAAUUGGAGCAUUUUCUGAUUUUAUUUGGAUUUUCAUUUUUUUUUUUUUUAUUGCAAAAUAAUCAUGUUUUAAUUUAAUGAUAUUGUGGGCUGGUGGAAAUGUCCAAUCACUUAAUUUUGAAUUUUUCCAGAAUUAUUUUAGAUAUAAAUGUAUAUAUAUAUAUAUUUAUAAAUACUAAACGCGAUGACUGUACAAAUGUUUGUUUUAUGUAUUUUUAAUAAUUUACAUAAUUGUAGGAGAUACUUGAUCUUGUAAACUGAACUUUGUUGGAUGUGUAGUACAAAAUUUUUUCUCAGAAUUUAAUUUCUUACAUCACUCAGGUGGAAUUUUUGUUAUUCAACUGUGAACUUAUUGUUUGCAUCAUAGGUCUUCUCACUUUAUUUUUUGGAGUGUAAGUGCUUUCAUGAAGUCUGAUCUAAUAAAAUAGAGAUUAUUCCUGCCACAUUUUUUUCAUUUACCGUUGUGCCUCUGCUGAUUUGAGUUCUAUUUGUCGAUUGUGAAAUUUGAAUUUACUUUGUAGAAUUGAGUGACUCAUUUUAAUUGUUUGCUGUACAUUGAAUUAUGCAGGCUUUAGUAGCAUAAUAUUUACAGAGUAAUUUUUAUUUAUGGUUUCUAAAUCUAUAUGUCUGUUCAUUUAAGAAUAUUUUGAUCCAAUAUUAUCUGAACUAGUUGUGAUUUUAAGAUAAUUCUAUAUAUGUUAUGAAAAUUACAGCUAAAAAAUAUAUAGUUACAAGCAAAUUUCUUUGUAUUUUACAUUCCAUUCUAGAAUUUACAUUCACACAAUGCUUCAUGCUUGAUUUUAUCCUGGAUUAAAAAGCUUAAAUAGGAAGUUGGGGGGGGGCUCUUUACAGAAUUUUAUUUUUAUUAAUAAUAAAAGUAUUUCAUUUGUUAAUCUAUUGUUUUGAUAUUUCAUUUGUCAUAAAGCUAUAUGAAAUUUUUUUUGUGGUAAUAAAAUGUAGAAAGAAAACUUUAAAAAAAAUUAUUUGUAUAUCAUAUAGUUAACAUUUUUCUGAUUUAUUAAUUUUAACGUCAUAAAGUUUGGACUAUGUUAAGCAAAUCAAUUUCUAAAAUUUGAAAAAAGAGGCUACUGAAAAUUCAUUUUCAAUCAUUAUCAUUUUCAAUUUUAUCUUUGUUAUAAUUUGUGUCUUUUUUGUAUAAAACAUCUUUUAUACUAUUAAAUACCAUGAAUUCUUCAAAAAUUGCUAUGAAUAUUGUUCUUGCAUGAUAAAGUGGCACAUUUUUUUUAAAUUUUAAUACUGAGCCUUUUUCAGUAAGCAUUAUGCACAGUUGCUAAUACCAAUAUUAUUAAAUUGUAAAUUUUUUAUUGCUAGCAUUACUUACUGUAAAAUUAUUAGCCUGCAUUGUUCAAAAGCAAACUUUCUUUGAUUGCAGUGAUCUCUCUUUUUUGCAUCCUUUAUUUUUUUUAAGUAAUAAAAUGGUUUUUCAAGUGAAUAAUUCAAAAACAGCUUUGCAUUUCACUAUGUUAUUAUUCAUAUGCAUGGAAUUAUAGAAACUGUAUAGCACAGUAGAUUGUUUUUUGUAAUUUGUGUAAAAUGACAAUGAUUAUGAUUUCAUUAAUUUUAUUAAUUAGACACCAUUUGUCUUCCAUUUCAUGAUUCUGUAUAUUUAAUGUGUGUGGAAGGGGAGGGGGUAAAUGUUAUAGCUGAAAAGUGACUAAACUGUGCUUUGCUCAAAAGUUGAAACUAAAAGAAAUAGUUUUUUCUUUUUUCAAAAGGGGAAAAAAAUUAUUCAUUUAAUUAUAUAAUAUUAAAUAUUUCACCUCCAAAAUGUUUUGUGAAUCUUUUAACUAUAUAUGUAUGAAUGAAUUCAAGCCUAGGUUAUAUUCAUGUUUAGAUUUCCUUUGUAAUAUGUAUAUGAUCAUUUCGUGUAUUUGUGUGUAUUUAUCUAGUCUUGAAUAAUGGAUUCUUUGAAAGUGAAAGAAUUGAAGCAAUAAAUGAUUUCUUGUUCUUAAACCCUUUUAUACUAUAACUAUUUCUUAUCGUGGGAUCCUUAAUUUAUCCUAAUGCCAAGAAAGAAUCAUUCCUACUUACGUAUGUACAUUGUCUGCAUUUACAUAUCCUUUUAAGUUUUGGUUUAAAUUUAGUUUGUAAAGAAUAAAGGUGACUGAUGUCCUGUUUUGUAAAUACAUACCAUUGGCUAUCUUGUCAUUUCCAGCAUAAACAUUUCCCUAGAACACCUCAUUUAUGUGCUGUGCACAAAAGAUGUAUAAAUUAUUAUUUUAAGUAUUGUUAAUUUUUCUCUGUAAAAAGCAACAAAAUGUACAUAUUUAUGAUUAAAUUGGUCAGGUUGUAGUGCCUGAUGUGCCUCGAGUUCCUCAGUACAUCAGCUGUUGAACUUGUAUAUUAUAAGAGGCAUACAAAUAAUAUAUUACAUAAACUGUUGAAAGUGGUUAUUUAAACUAAUGUAAACAUUUCUUUGUAAACAAAUAUUAAAUUGUUUUUAUAAAAUUAGAUGUGUAUUUUUUCAAAUA